CGUUCGGCGGUUCCCACCUACAAUUCGCCUAGCACGCCUUGUAGGUGAGGGAUAGCGAUACACACAGAAUAGCGAUACGCAAAUUUUUUACCCCACUUCCAUACAUCACUCCACCAAAAUUACCAAAAUGCCACCCGAACUAUAUGAAAUCGAAGAGCACAUAGCUAAAGCCUCUUAUGCAAUAGAUAAUAAUCCUUACCUGAGAGAUAUAAAGGCUGCAAAGCAAUUUAGGGCCCUAUACGAACGUCUAAUGGCUCGGGGGCAGAACAAAAAGCUCUCCGUACUACAAGACAACACUCUAAAGAAGUAUAUUCUUAUACUCCAAUAUUCCGGCCGUAGGGCCAAUAUAUACGAGAUUCGUAUAGCUAUAGGAAGGCUCCUUUUUUGAAGCUCUAGGAAUCUCAAUUCGUUAGUAUUAAUUCGAUAGACCAAAGUAUAGAUAGUCCGGCAAGCCGAAUUCCUCAAAUUAAUAUAAGAGAAGCCUUUAUUCGCAAAGCGAUUAGCUAUAUAUAUUAUAGAGAAUAUUAAGGGGCAUUUUCAGGAAUUUAAUUAAUAUAAGAGAAAAUAUAAUAUAGAG